GGUUUGUCUACACUGCAGUCACAGGUGUGACUGCAGCUUAGAUAGGUAUAUCUAUGCUAGCUUUAAUUUAACUAGCGCAGCUAAAAAUAGCAGAGAGGACGUACUUGUGCAGGCUUCAGCACCAAGCUGUACAAGUACACCAAGGAGCCUGAGUAUGUACUCAAGUUGCUAACCUGCGCUGAAGCUCAUGCUGCCACAUCUUCACUGCUAUUUUUAGCUGUGCGAGCUUGAUUAAAGCUAGCAUGGAUAUACCAACCCAUGCUGCACUCACACCUCCAACCACAGAGGACUGGGUUUGAAAUACUCUGUCUGCUGUUCAUAAUGGUUUGAGUGUGUUUGCCACUACGCUGAAGAUUUUCUUGUCAACACCAUGUUUUUAUACAUCUCGUCAACAUUGUCUGCAUUUUACUGCAUCCACCAACACCUUUUUUUUUUUUUAAAAAAAGAUACCUGAGGAAAAAAUCCUGUGAGUUCUGGCCAUUUGCUUACUGGGAAGCUCCUCCUCAGACUCAGCCCAAAACAAAUGAUGUCAUCAGAGACCUGCCUUCCAGGUUACUGCAUCUUCAUGAAACUGAUCAUUUCCUUGAUAACCCCUACUCAGCUGUGCUGCAGAAGUGUUAGACCUUGGCACUUAGCUGGAGAAUUGAGACGUGGAGCUUCAGAAGCCUUCAGAAGAGAUGUAAAUGCCUAACAAAUGAAGAUUGCUUCAUGGGCAUUACAGAGGUAAUGAGCAGAUGCCUGCCAAUGACAGGAGACGCAGCCUUGCUGUCAUUGCUUUGGAGAGCCUUGGGAAAGCAGGAGCCAGGCUUUUUGGAUGAGAACUAAAGUGCCGGGAUGGAAUGUUGUCUCUGAACUGCUACGGGGAGAAACAAGUAUGUAAUGAGCCGAUGGAUGAAGGCCUACAUGGAGACAAGAUUGGAAUCCGACUCUACUAUGAUAAAACCACAGAUCGCUGUAAACCAUUUGCAUACAGAGGUGCUGGUGGGAAUGGAAAUCGCUUCUUCACUGACAGGCAGUGUAUGAAGACAUGCUCUACGUUAGCUGAACAAAUCUAUCCAGAUGAUGACCGUGUUUGCCUCUUGGAGAAGGAUCUUGGACAUUGUAAAGGAACCUACUUGUUGUGGUAUUUUGAUCAUGCGCUGAAGAAGUGUAGGACUUUCAUUUAUGGAGGUUGUGCAGGAAAUGGAAAUAGAUUUGUUAAUGAGACAACAUGUUGCCAGAAGUGUGCUCAGGCUCCUGCGUGUGAACGAACAGGAAAGGAAGAUGAAGGGCCUGAUGUAGGCUUGGUGCUUGGAAUCACUGUGGGAUGUACUACAGCAGUUAUCUUGGUAUCUGCGCUCGCCAUUUUCCUUCAGAAAAUAGUGAAGAAAUAUUCAACCAGAGAAAAGAAGCAAAAUAACCCCCCGGCUAAUAUAGAAAUGUACUAACCAGAAAGAAAAGCCUUCUUAUUUCCUUGGAUUAAUGCAGUGAAUUCCUUGAUUUGUAUCAUAUGGUUUUGUUAUAUGAAAUAUUGUUUAUACUUUCUAAAGAACCUAUAAAAUGCAUACUGGGAUUUGUACAUCCUAUUCAUCCGGUCCAGUGUAUGGGAGAGUUCUUAUCCCAUUUGAGGGACAUGUGUAAGAAACCCCAUAGCUUAGUGUCAGGAUGCACUAGUGGUAACUUAACUCAAAAUACUGUAUCUCUGAACUAAAUCCUGCUUUUAACUACACAGCUGGAAAUGAAGAAUAACUCCACUAAGCUUAGUCUAAAUUGUUUAUGAUAUUGUGGGCAACUGGACCAUAUGUGCAUUUAGUGAGUCUGUUCUCCCCCCUUCAUGCACAUGCAGAAUUUCCGUUAAUGUUAAUUAGAGUUACUUGUGUGGGACAGGUUUCAGAGUAACAGCCGUGUUAGUCUGUAUUCACAAAAAGAAAAGGAGUACUUGUGGCACCUUAGAGACUAACCAAUUUAUUUGAGCAUAAGCUUUCGUGAGCUACAGCUCACUUCAUCCGUAGCUCACGAAAGCUUAUGCUCAAAUAAAUUAGUUAGUCUCUAAGGUGCCACAAGUACUCCUUUUAUUUUUGUGUGGGACAGCAAGACAAUGUUCUCCUAAGACUUCUUGUGGCUCAGUAGUGCAUUGUAUUAGAUGCUUUCCAAACUCCUCCUCAGAGAAUCUUUACUGAGAUGUUAGUUCCAAAAUCAUCUGCAUUAUUAAAUGGUGCUGUAACACUUAAGUCACCUGCUGUACCUGUGCCAAUUGUCCAUAUGCAAUGCAGAAUGCAGCCAAAAAAUGAGAAAGAGCAGAGGAAUGCAAGACUCAGAAGUACUGGAAUGCAACAGGCAAUCUUCUGAUCUUUACUGCCCCCAUUAUUACAAUGCUCAGCGUUGCAUGUUACUGUAGAACAGUGGUUCCCAAACUUGUUCCGCCGCUUGUGCAGGGAAAGCCCCUGGCGGGCCAGGCUGGUUUGUUUACCUGCCGCGUCCGCAGG